UUACUUUAAUGCGGCCACACUUCUUAUCUUCACUGUUAAUUUUUCCUUGUCAAUCGUUGACGUCUGACUUUUUAUCAGAAAUCAAACUAGCUGCCGUGCGAGAAUUGCUGAAAUUCGAAGAUAAUUUACCAAGGAAAAGCGAACGAAAAACCUAAAAAUGCCUAGCAUCAAGUUGCAAUCUUCGGAUGAGGAGAUCUUCGAUACUGACAUCCAGAUCGCCAAGUGCUCUGGAACCAUAAAGACCAUGUUGGAGGAUUGUGGCAUGGAGGACGAUGAGAACGCCAUUGUGCCGCUUCCCAAUGUAAACUCCACCAUUCUUCGCAAGGUCCUAACCUGGGCCCAUUACCACAAGGAUGAUCCCCAGCCAACGGAGGAUGAUGAGAGCAAGGAGAAGCGCACCGACGACAUCAUCUCCUGGGAUGCCGAUUUCCUGAAAGUGGAUCAGGGUACCUUGUUUGAGCUCAUCCUGGCUGCCAACUAUCUGGACAUCAAGGGCCUGCUGGAGCUCACCUGCAAAACUGUGGCUAACAUGAUCAAGGGCAAGACUCCCGAGGAGAUCCGCAAGACCUUUAACAUUAAGAAGGACUUCACGGCUGCCGAGGAGGAGCAAGUGCGCAAGGAGAAUGAGUGGUGCGAGGAGAAGUAAAGCGUCAUCGUCGGCGGGAUCAAAUUCAAGGCCAACGGAUGCGGAGUUAAUGAAUGGCGGUCCUGCCUCGUCGGAGCUUUAUUUAGUUGCUACUCUCAUUACACAUUUUUUUUUCUUUUUUCGCAUUUGUUCUUAACUCUGAUAGACCCUUAUAUUGAACUCCUUAUUUUGAUCUGCUCCAAGCGUCCUUCGUGCUUGAUGUGAUUCGCGGCGAGUCUUUUGUCGUACAUAUGUUUUCAUAUAUAGAUAUAUAUGCGAAAAUGUAAAACUAUGUAGCUAUAUGCAUAAGAACCAUUUGAUUUUACUCAAAUAAAUAUGUACUACUCACACA